AUGGCUACCGAACGCGAAUUCCAGGUCUCGCCCAUUGUGCCGGAAUCGGUAAUGCACAACACAAGGGCAUUGUCGAACGUCCAGAGCUUGACGGCUUCCAUCUUUGGCGUGGCGGCGGGUAUCCUGGGUCUCGAAUCAUACAACGGCUUCUUAUUCUACCUCAUCUUCUCCGUCUUGACUACGCUGCUCUUCUAUACCGUGCGCGUUGCCCCGGCGUCGCUCAAGUCUGGUCUGGGCCCGUUGGACACGAGCAGGUAUUUUCGGACACAGUACGAGUUUUGGUCGGGCGGCGUCUUUGGUGGGUUGGCUGGGUAUAUCUUGACGUGGACAUUAUUCUACGGUUUGGUGAGGGCGUGA